UCUCUCUCUAUUCCUUUCCACUGCUCUUUCUCAUUUCAACAAUGGCCUCAACGCCGCCUCACUGGUCCCUCUUCACCGCCACCACCAGUAACAAUCGCCACACCCGUCAUCAACAACCCAACAACCGCCAAUGGCUUCCUCCUCGUGCCCCCCGCUCCCUCUCCUCAGCAUCCCAUGUUUCCCUCUCCAAUCGAAAAAAGCUCCCAACUUUCUCUCCUCAGCUAACCCCAAACUCUUCUCCUCCUCUCUCCUCCGACGUCUCGGGUCGCCGCUCGAUCCGGUUCGUCUCCAAGAUGCAUUUCAACCGACCCAAAACCACAACCUCCACGCGCCACACCCCCGCCGCCGAAGACGCGCUCCAUAGCCUCACCGCAUCCUCCGGAGACAACGACAAGACGACGUUCCAGAGCCUAAUCUCCACCUUCGAGCCAACGCUUCGCGGCUCCGACGACUACACAUUCUUACUCCGUGAGCUAGGGAACCAAGGCGAAUGCGACAAAGCCCUUCUCCUUUACCACUUCGCUGUUCAACGAGAGAGAAGGAAGAACGAGCGAGGGAAGCUAUCUAGCACGAUGAUAGGCACUCUCGGUAGACUAGGCAAAGUAGACAUCGCUAAAACCGUUUUCGAAAGUGCUUUAUCAGGUGGGUAUGGGAACACUGUCUACGCCUUCUCUGCUCUCAUAAGUGCUUACGGGAGAAGUGGUCUACAUAAUGAAGCUAUCACCGUCUUCGACUCCAUGAAACGCUACGGCUUGAGGCCUAACUUGGUCACUUACAACGCCGUCAUCGACGCGUGUGGUAAAGGAGGGAUGGAGUUCAGCAAAGUAGCUGAGUUCUUCAACGAGAUGGAGAGGAACGGUGUGCAGCCCGAUAGAAUAACGUUCAACUCUCUCCUCGGCGUAUGCAGCAGAGGAGGGUUGUGGGAGGUAGCGAGGAGCCUCUUUGACGAGAUGGCGAAUAGAAAGAUCGAGCAAGAUGAUGCGAUCUGCAAAGGAGGGCAGAUGGAUCUUUCUUUCGACAUACUCGCUCAGAUACGUGCGAAUAGAAUAACACCUAACAUUGUGAGCUACAGCACUGUCAUUGAUGGUUUUGCGAAAGCCGGGAGAUUCGAUGAAGCUCUCAGCUUGUUUGACGAGAUGAGGUAUCUCAGUAUUGCGUUGGAUAGAGUUUCUUACAACACGUUGCUUUCUAUCUACACCAAAGCUGGUAGAGAUGAAGAAGCGUUGGAUGUUUUGAGAGAGAUGGCGUCGGUUGGGAUCAAGAAGGAUGUUGUGACUUACAACGCUCUUCUCAGAGGGUAUGGGAAGCGAGGAAAGUACGUUGAAGUGAAGAGCGUUUUCGACUAGAUGAAAAGGGAGCGUGUCCUGCCUAAUUUACUCACGUAUUCGACGUUGAUCGAUUUGUAUUCGAAAGGGGGUUUGUAUAGAGAGGCGAUGGAGGUCUUUAGGGAGUUUAAGAGCGUUGGUUUGAGAGGUGAUGUUGUGUUGUACAGCACGUUGAUUGAUGCUUUGUGCAAAAGUGGGUUGGUUGGUUCUGAUGUUUCUUUGAUCGAUGAGAUGACUAAGGAAGGGAUUAGUCCUAACGUUGUAACUUAUAAUUCGAUAAUUGAUGCCUUUGGUCGCUCUGCAACCAUGGAGUCUAGAGAUGGUACAUAUAUAAACAAUAUUUAUUAAUAAAAUAUUAUAUUAAAAUAUAAACUGUUAAAGCAAAUAACUUAAUUAAUAUUAAAAUUUAAGCAAAAUACAAUAUUAUUCCAUAAAGUGAUUUUCGUAAUGCAUUUC